AUGCAGAUCACCAGCGUUAUGCUCAGCCUUGCCAGUCUCGGCCUGAACGUUCUCCCUGUUCAGGCCGGGCCUAUUCCUGGCGCUGAAGCUGCUCUGGCAGCGCGUCACGUCUAUUCUCCCGAUGUUGACGAAGCUCCCGUUGAGAAGCGCCACGUCUACUCUGUCGACAAGGACGAGGUUGAGAAGCGCCACGUCUACUCGCCUGAUGUCGAUGAGACACUCAACAAGCGUCAUGUCUACUCUGUCGACAAGGACGAGGUUGAGAAGCGUCACGUCUACUCCCCUGAUGUCGACGAGACACUCAACAAGCGUCAUGUCUACUCCGUUGAUAAGGACGAGGUCGAAAAGCGUCACGUCUACUCCCCGGAUGUUGACGAGACCCUCAACAAGCGUCACGUCUACUCUGUCGACAAGGACGAGACCUCCGUUGCCAAGCGCCACGUCUACUCUGUUGAUAAAGACGAGGUUGAGAAGCGUCACGUCUACUCCCCUGAUGUCGACGAGACUCUCAACAAGCGUCAUGUCUACUCUGUCGAUAAGGACGAGGUCGAGAAGCGCCACGUCUACUCCCCCGAUGUUGAUGAGGCUCCCGUUGCCAAGCGCCACGUCUACUCUGUCGACAAGGACGAGGUCGAGAAGCGCCACGUCUACUCCCCCGAUGUUGAUGAGGCUCCCGUUGCCAAGCGCCACGUCUACUCUGUUGACAAGGAUGAGGUCGAGAAGCGUCACGUCUAUUCCCCCGACGUUGACGAAGCUCCCGUUGCUAAGCGUCACGUCUACUCUGUUGACAAGGAUGAGGUCGAGAAGCGUCACGUCUACUCUCCCGAUGUCGAUGAGGCCCCCGUCGCUAAGCGUCACGUCUACUCUGUCGACAAGGACGAGGUUGAGAAGCGCCACGUCUACUCUCCUGAUGUCGAUGAGGCCCCCGUCGCUAAGCGUCACGUCUACUCUGUCGACAAGGACGAGGUUGAGAAGCGUCACGUCUACUCCGUCGACAAGGAUGAGACUUCCGCCUAA